AUGUUGACCUUUCCUGCGCAUUGCGCUCUGUCUUCUUCUGAAGUUGCAGCUUGGGCCACCUUUCAAGUCUCUCACGUUGCAAUCCAAACCACCACUACUCACGGUUUUCCAACAUGUAUUUCGCGCUUCGCCCCUCAUCCUGGCGCGCUAUCGUCAAUCAAGUACCCAGUUCCUACAGUCGGUCUCUCAUCCCAUCUCGCACGCAGCUUCUCGCGUUCGGCCAAACGUCGUUCCGGAGCUCGUCCCCGACCGAUUGCCUUCGCCUCUCGUCCACGCGAGGAACUUUUCGGUGUAUCCGACGCGUCUCCAAAGCAGCCGCCCACUCGCUUCCUGUUUUCGCGUGUUAUUGCUGCGGCUUCCCGCUAUCGACUGCCUGAACCCAUCUCUGUCUACGGCCUCCCGUCUCGUUCUUGGACGGUCUCGAUACCUCCUGUUGGCCAGUCCUCGGCUCAGCCCGUGCACCGAACCGUGAACGCAAGCCAGCUUCGCGUGUUUCCGGACGUGGCAACACCAGGUUCGCGUGCCCCAAUCACGUCCUUCGUGGCAUUCGCUGAUCAACCUCAAGCACUCGCCGUGCUGGCGCUCCCUUCCACAUUUGUCCCCACCUUCGACGCCUUCGAGAGGGGAGUUGGUGACCGCGCUGGUGACUAUUGGCAGGAGUUGAUGGAUGUCUCGGCUCUGUCUUGGAGUUCUGAGGCGGGGUGUCUACUUGCUGGAUUGCGCGGCGGGAAUCUCGCUGGGAGUACCGGGGAAAUCUGGGUCUGUACAUCUGGAUCUCUGCCGGGUACCAUCACCGACCACUACCCGCAGCAAGAGUACAUGGGUGCGACGGACCGCUUGCGGUGA